AUGCCAUUUGCUUUGCAUGGCGACAAUUUCAAUUCCUCUCUCCCCCUCUCUCUCCCCCUCUCUCCCUCUCUCUGUCUCCCCCUCUCUCUCCCCAUCUUUCUCCCUCUCUCUUCCCCUCUCUCCCCCUUUCACCCUCUCUCUUUUUAUUAUUUUGUUUUCGCUUUGAAUUUGUCCACUUUCUCUUUUUCUUGGUUUUCUACUCUUUCUUCCUUUCUUUCUCUCAUUCAUUAUGCUUUUUUUUUAAAAAAAAUCUUUUCUCUUUUUAUUCUUUUUCACUCUUUCUCUGUUUCUCUCAUUCUUACUUUUCUUCUCUUUCUUUCUUUCUUUCUUUCUAACCUUUUAACCUUUUCUCUUCAUAUACUUUCAUCUUUCUCUCCAACAUUCCCUCUCUUACUAUUUAUCUCUCUCUUCUCCACUCUCACCUUUUCUCUUUUCUCUUUUCUCUUUUCUGUCUCUCUCCCACGUUCUUGCCCUUUCUUUUUUCUGUCUCAAUUCUCUUUCUCUCAAUAUAUGCCCUUAUUUUAUUUGAUAUAA